UAAUGCUCAUGCAUUACCCAAUAUCUCACCUUCAAGUUUAGUAAUUGUCUUACCAAGUUGUUAGCAUAAUCUAAACUUAUUUGCAAAUGGAGAGAGUUGCAACUUCAACCUUCACCUUAAUGAUCCUUUUGUUCGCGAUUAUUGUUAAUAUUUCAGCGCCUAGAGUGGCGGCGGCCGAGACGUGUAGGGAUGUGGGUGAAUUUUGCGGAGGCAUAGUUGGAUAUGAAUGCUGUAAAGGAAUAGAAUGUGUUCUUGACGGUGAUUAUGCGGAUGCUGGUGGAGAAUGUAAGAGAAUUAAUAGAUCUUGUCAAUUGACUGGUGAAUUUUGUGGUGGUAUUGCUGGACUUACUUGUUGUAAAGGCCUUGAAUGUGUUAAAGAUGGUGAUUUUCCUGAUGCUGGUGGUAAAUGUGUCUAAGCCUACUAUUAUAUAUAUUAAGGGUAAUUUGGUUAUGCAAUGAAUCAAUAAUAAAGUUAUCUAUAAUUCUCUAUGCUAAUUAAUUGUAGACAAUGCUAUUUAUUUGAUCAAAAUUAUUUAAAUUAAAUAAAGUAUAUUUAAUUUCUGCUU